UCGAAUUUUCUCUAUUACAUUCCAGGAAUCAUUCCAUGGUUCUUAUCACAUGAAAUCAUGGACGAUGAUGAAGUUCCUCCUCUGGAGGAUAUGUCAGAAAUCUUACAACAAGCAGAGGUCAUCAGGUCAAAGGUGAAUAGUUCACAGGGUAAACAGUCUGUUGACCCCAGCCUCAGGAGAGCAGUUCCACAGAAUGGUCAGGAUACUAAGAAACCAAAAGAAAAAUCAUCAGAUACUCAAAAGGUGAAAUCAGUUGAGAAAAAUGUGAGCAGUACACCUUCAAAAUCUUCUUCAUCCAGUUUUGGGGGGUUCAAAAAAGGAUUUUUAUUCGGAGGAAACAGUUUUUCAAAGUCAAACUCAAAAGCGACGAGUUCGUCUCCCUCCGGAUCAGGUGCCAGGAGUUCAUCUGACCUUCCUUAUAUAACAAAGAAGUCUACCAGUGAAAGUCGUACACUCCCAGAGGUUCAACAAACAUUGUCUGCAGAGGCUCAGAAAAUAGCACAAAACAAAGACGAGUGGUUGACUGAUGGCCUGAUGAAGAAGAUUGAGGCUAAUGAUGCGCUGUUUAAGAAGCUGGGAGAUCCCCGGUAUGUGGAGGCCGUCAAUCACUUCCAGACAGACCCAGUCAGAGCCAUGGAGCAGUACAAAGACAACAAGGAAAUCCAGGAAUUCCUCACCUCAUUCUGCAAAGUCAUGGGUGAACAUUUUACUGGCCUGGCUAAUCAACAAGACAAAGCAGCCAAACCCAGUAAACCAGCUCCUCCACCCAGUAAAAUUGUGGAGCUCAACUCAGACUCGGAAGUCAACAGGGCAAAGACUACACCCUCCCACACCGUCAACCCUAACAGGUCAGAGACUGUGUACACAAGGUCACCGGCAGAGGGCGCUGAUCUGUCAGUCAGGAGCUCCACCAAUCCUAACCAGGCUACUGCAGAGGAUGAGAGGAGAAUGCAGGAGAUUCUAGCCAAUCCAGAGAUCCGUAACAUUCUUAUGGAUCCACAGAUAAUGAAUCUGAUUGAGACUCUGAAGUUUAAUCCUGAUGAAGGAGCCAGGAUUCUACAAAACUCUGACCUUGAAUUGAGAGGGAAAGUCAACAAGUUAGUAGAGUGUGGACUUCUGCAGUUCCAGGGCUAGAGAGAGAGAGAGAGAGAGAGAGAGAGAGAGAGAGAGAGAGAGAGAGAGAUUCAAUCUAAUAAUUUACUGUUUGCUCCAUCUAGCUUGUGCAACACAAGAUGGAUCAGAGGAUCUGAUUUUGAUCAAAUUGGAGAGAAUGUUAUAAAUGGUAAAUGAUAUUAAUGUACACCACAAAAGAUGAAUUAAUGCUACUGUUGUUUAUCUGACUUGUGAACAAACUAUUUUUUAUGCAUACUGUAAUAUUUAUGUUUAAUAUUUUAUUUAUUUACAAAGAGGAUCAGAGUUUUUUGAUUUACCUGACAUUAUUAUUUGCAGAGAACAUGUAGAAAUAUGUGAUUUCUUUUGUAAUUUUCGACUAUAUUUUAUCUCAAAAGUUUUCAUAUAUGCAGCCAGGUAAUAUGUUUUAAAUACCCAGUAAUUAUAGCUAUGUUUUAUUUGUUCAUUCAACAUUCAUUUGAUUUUUUUAUACAGUUUAUUUCUUUAUUCAUUGGACUUAAAACAUCACGUAAAAUUAGUUUUUGUAUGAAAAACUGAUGUAGUAUAAGGCAGAAAGAGUUAUUGUUCUUUAGGCAUAUGAUUCCGUCCAGUUGACAUUUCACCAGAUUCUGAUUAAACAAUUUUUCUUUUGCAAUCACUUG